AUUUGAACAUUAUCUCAUCACCUUAAAAUAUCUGUCUGCUGCUCCUUUGUUCAUCUUCUGCUGCACCUUCAUGGAGGAGCCUCAAAUGGGUGUUGAACUGCAAACCAGAGUUCAUACCCAGAAUCAAGAUAAAGACCUUUCUUCUGCAAAUCAGCCUCAGUCUUCAAGAUUCAGGCAUUACAAAUGGUGGAUUCGUGUGAUAAGUUAUAUUGUUUUUCUUAUCGCCGGCCAAUCGGCGGCUACGUUGCUCGGAAGAUUGUAUUAUGACAAAGGAGGGAACAGUAAGUGGAUGGCAACGUUUGUUCAAUCGGCAGGGUUCCCAAUUUUACUCCCUCUCUUGUUUUACUUCUCGUCACCAUUCUCCAAAUCAAACCAUAGGGGUGUUUCUUGCACCACAAAGCAACCGACGAUUUCGACCCUUGUUGUGCUCUAUUUCGGUUUCGGUUUACUCUUGACGGGAGACAACAUGAUGUACUCGUAUGGCCUUCUGUAUGUCCCGGUGUCGACGUAUUCGCUACUCUGUGCGACUCAACUGGCCUUCAAUGCCUUCUUUUCCUUUUUCCUCAACUCCCAAAAGUUCACUCCUUUUAUACUCAACUCUGUUAUCUUACUUACCAUCUCAGCAGCCCUCCUAGCAGUCAAUUCAGGCUCAGAAAACACCUCAACCGUCUCGAAAGAGAAGUACGCGAUCGGAUUCAUAUGCACCAUCGGGGCGUCGGCGGCCUACUCUUUAUACCUUUCACUUGUACAGUUUUCAUUCGAAAAGGUCAUAAAAAGAGAGACCUUCUCCGCGGUCCUGGACAUGCAAAUCUACCCUUCAUUCGUCGCCACCUGCGGGUGCGUCGUCGGGUUGUUCGCGAGCGGAGAAUGGAGGGGUUUAUCGGAUGAAAUGAACGAAUACGGAAAUGGGAAGGUAUCCUAUCUGAUGACAUUGAUUUUUACGGCGGUGACAUGGCAGGUUUCGUCGAUCGGAUUGCUGGGAUUGGUUUUCGAAGUGUCGUCUCUGUUCUCGAAUGUGAUUAGUACUUUGAGUUUGCCUGUGAUCCCCAUUCUUGCUGUGAUGUUCUUCCAUGACAAGAUGGAUGGUGUUAAGGCCAUGGCCAUGGUUUUGGCCAUAUGGGGUUUCAUUUCAUACCUCUAUCAACACUAUUUAGAUGAUUCUAAAUCCAAAAGGGCAAAUUCCAAUGAAGUUGCUCAGGUCUAGGGUAUUUCAAUAUGCCAUUGAAUCCAGUCUCUUUUU